CUUCUUGAGCUUCAUAUUGACGCCUGCAACGGCUGCCACAUCCCUCUCAACAACCCAAUUCAAUUGUCGCACAAGAGAUUGGAUCGAACAACCUCGUCCUUUGCGACUGAACGUCCGCCCGACUACACUCCACUCCACGAUGGCCUCCCUACGCACAACCUCCCGCCUGUUCGCGGCGGCGAGCCGACCAGCUUUCAGCAGAUCUUCAAUUCGGGGCAUGGCUUCUGUUGCGACUGGUGCUACAAUCAAGGAGCCCACCAGUGAUCCAGAUGCCAAAGUCAAGACCUUCCACAUCUACCGCUGGAAUCCCGAUGAGCCGAGCUCGAAGCCUCGCAUGCAAAGCUACACUCUGGACUUGAAUAAGACGGGUCCUAUGAUGCUGGAUGCUCUCAUUCGUAUCAAGAACGAAGUUGAUCCUACCUUGACCUUCAGACGGAGUUGCAGAGAGGGAAUUUGCGGGAGUUGUGCAAUGAACAUUGAUGGUGUCAACACUCUGGCUUGCUUGUGCCGAAUUCCAACGGAUACCAAGCAAGAGACGAAGAUCUACCCCCUCCCCCAUACCUACGUUGUGAAAGAUAUCGUCCCGGAUCUCACACUCUUCUACAAGCAGUACAAGUCCAUCAAGCCCUACCUGCAACACGACGGCCCCGGCCCAAACAACAAGGAAUACCUGCAGAGCAAGGAGGAGCGCAAGAAGCUCGAUGGUCUCUACGAAUGCAUUCUCUGUGCCUGCUGCUCAACAUCUUGCCCCUCGUACUGGUGGAACUCGGAGGAAUACCUUGGCCCUGCUGUCCUGAUGCAGAGCUACCGCUGGUUGGCAGAUUCCCGAGAUCAGAAGAAGGAGGAGAGAAAGGCUGCUUUGGACAACAGCAUGAGCGUGUACCGCUGCCACACGAUUUUGAACUGCUCGAGGACGUGCCCCAAGGGCUUGAACCCUGGUCUGGCGAUCGCGGAGAUCAAGAAGGAGUUGGCUUUCUAAGAAGCCUUGUAUUCGUAAGAUGAGGGUGGGUUUGAGGAUCAAGGUGAUACGAUUGCGUAUAUUAUCCUGGGUUGAGGGCACGAUUGCGAGUUGGCGGGCGUUGUGGGCUGAGGGCAUAUUGGUGCGAUUAUGCGGCCGUGUAGAUAUGAGUUCAACAGGUUUAAAUCACUGUCUCUUUGUCACAAAGUCUUUUCCCUCUUCGUGUAAUUUGUGCACAUGGAGCAGGAGGCAAGUUGCCUUUUGCCUUGUGCCUUGUGACAUCUGCUCAGUCGUGU